CGAUCUUACAGUCCGAAUUGUGAAUAUUUUACAACUUGGUAAUUCGAACGGCGCGAUUUUAACGCAAAAAAUUCAUAUGAAAAGCAGCGAUCGGUGUCGGGAAAAUGUUUUCAUUUACUCAUAGAACUGUUUUGUAAUGGAAAUCGGCAAGUGAAAGAAGUGUACAAGCAUUGUAUGUGAGAAAGUAGCUCGUGCAGGAGUUUUUUUGGUUGGCCGAGUUGAUACUUUGGUGAAAACGCCAUUCUGUGGCGGCAGGCGAGUCUGAUUUUCAUCCGCGUUCCAAGACAUUUACUGCACUUUAUUUUCUUUCCGUACGGUGGCAUUUAACAGAAUUUCGUGAAGGUGAUCGCUGGAAUCAACGAGGAUGUCCAUCACGGAAAAUGAGUCAACUACAAUACGUGACUGUCUCAAACAAUUGAAAGAAUGCGCAGAGUUUUUGAUCAAAUCAACUGAAGAUGUUGAAAAUGAGAUGAAAGAUUUUUCGAUUACACCUACACCAGCAUCCACCGACAAAAAGGAUCACACAAAAGAGUACGACAAAUUGCGAAAAACCUUGAAAAAAAUAUACAAAGAAGCCAAACAGAAAAUCCAUAGUGCCGGCAAAACCAUUAAAGAUCCCGACGAUAAUAAUUUGGAUGCCUCAUCCAUUGCCGAAGAAGAUCCCUCUGAUGAGCAAAUUGUGAAUGAUCCAUUGCUCACUGAAAUGAAUGCUGCCAAAGUCGAAGUCCCUGAAACAAAUGGUGACGAUCAAACAGGCCACAGUACACCUAAACAGAAUGGCAUUGAUCCACCAGAAUUUUUACCAGCCAAUCCAAGUGAAGAGAACAAACCACCAAAUGAGGAAUGUAAGACCAAAAUUCGCCUAGUUGCCAUUGAGAAGCUUCUCGACCCAAAAGUUAUGGCAUCUUCAUCAUCUUUGAUCCCAAAUGCGCUUGAAAAGCCAAGGAUUCAGGUCGGGUCGAGCAUGUUGAAUACAAAUAUGAACAUGUCUUCAAGUAUCAUUAUUUUGGAUAGUGAUGAUGAGGUGCCUGAACCAGCAAGCACAAAAGUAGUGUCGAAUGGAGCUUUGGAAAAAUCAAAGGAUAAACGACCUUCUCGGAGCGUACCGAAGGUGAAACCAGUAAAGGUUCGCAUUAGUAAGUGUAGAGUGUCGGAAAAAUUGUUGAAAGCUGGCAAACGGAAAAUAAAGAUAUCAAAAAUUUCCCAUUUAAUUCACCCGAAUAAUGGAAGUAGUGAUGAUAGUGAGCCCCUAAACUCGAAAAAACGUCGUCUGGAUUCAACUGAUUCCGAUGAGGAUGCAUCAGCGACAUCGUCAAGCGAUGAUUACUAUCCGAAAGGUAGAAAGGGAAGUAGCAGACAGAGGAACUCCCACAGGAAGGUCAGAUCGAAUAGUCGUGCCGAACGCUCGAAGCAAAGAUAUAACGAAUCAUCGGAUGAUGAUCGAUCCAAAAGACGAAGAAGAGAUAAGGAGAGGCGAAAACACGAAGAAAAAAGAGAUAAACGCUCUGAACCGAGUACAUCAUCAAAGCAUAAGGAUAAGUCGAGCUCAUCAUCACCACGAAAACCUCGACGAAUAGAUGACGACAGCAGUUCAAACAACCAGGAAGACGACACCAACGCCAUCGAUGACAUUGAAUCACAAUUGGAAGCUAUGGAGUCUGGGAAAAAGACCGAAGGAAAUACCGAAUCGUCUGCAUCGAAAAAAUCCACAUCUGACGCUGAAAAAAGUGCAUCUGCAUCGGAGAAAGCGGACUCUGAUAAGGAGAAUUCAGCCGGUAAGUCGAACAAGAGUAACAAAGCGGACACUGAUGCUUCAUCCUCGGAUGAUGAGACCAUUAUCAAUAUAAAAAAGAAAAAGGCAAAAGAAUCGGAAAAGGACAAAAGUGACAAUGACAAGAAAAACUCGGAAAGUUCUUCGGAUGAAGAAAUUGUGAAAGUCCGGAAAAAACAUUCCAAACGAAAACGAAUUCGAACUUCAAGCGGUAGUGAUUUUUCACAAGCGGCAGAAUCACCAGAUGGAGAAGAAAGUAGCGACAAUGACGAUGAAAAAUCCAACAAGAAUAAACAGAAGACAAAACGAAAGAAGAAGGGUGAAAGUGAUGGUGAAAACAGUGACGGCGAUGGACAUACGAAACGGAAGAAUAUCAGGCAAGUCAUUAAAACAAAGAAUUUAGACGAUGAAACAAAGAAAGCUGCCGAGGCUGAGAAGGAGCGACGAAAGCGGGUUGAGGAACGGCAGAAGCUGUAUAAUCAAAUAUUCGAAAAGCCCGAAUCAGCUGAAGUGGAUAAAGCUGUGCUUGACUUUGAUCCGGAAACCAAGGAGGAACUGCUGUCCAUCGAUAGUGGUCUUUUGAAGAAGCUAAAACCGCAUCAGGUGCAGGGGGUUAAAUUCAUGUGGGACGCAUGCUUUGAGACUAUCAAAGAUAUUGAAAAUAAACCAGGAUCAGGAUGUAUCCUAGGACAUUGUAUGGGUCUUGGUAAGACCGUGCAAGUUGUCACGCUAACUCACACCCUGCUGGCUAACAGUGAGAAAACGCACGUUCGGACAGUCUUAGUUAUCACACCAUUGAGUACGGUAACGAAUUGGGCAAAGGAAUUUCAUAUGUGGAUGAAAUUUUGUAAAUACAAAGAUGUCGAGGUUUAUGAUAUGUCGAAGUAUAAAGACAAAAAACUUCGUAUAUACAAGUUAAAAGAGUGGCAAGAAGAUGGUGGAGUGUGCAUACUUGGCUAUGAUAUGUAUAGAAUUUUAGCUAAUCCUAAAGGAACUGGCGGAAAGAAGAUGCGCGAAGCACUACAGGAGACGUUGGUUGAUCCUGGUCCGGAUUUAAUUGUUUGCGAUGAAGGCCAUUUGUUGAAAAAUGAAAAGACUAGCAUCAGCCAGGCAGUGAGUCGUGUGAGAACGUUACGACGAAUUGUUUUAUCCGGUACUCCGUUGCAGAAUAAUUUGAAAGAAUACUACUGUAUGGUCCAAUUCGUUAAACCAAAUCUGCUUGGCACCUACAAAGAAUAUCUAAACCGCUUCGUUAAUCCCAUCACAAAUGGUCAGUACACCGACUCAACGGAACGAGAUAUACGACUUAUGAAGAACAGAUCACAUGUCCUCCAUAAAAUGUUAGAAGGAUGCAUACAGAGGCGAGAUUAUUCCGUGCUAGCUCCAUAUCUGCCACCGAAACAUGAAUAUGUCGUAUUUAUAUCAUUAUCAGAUCUACAAAAAACUCUGUACGAACACUACAUGGUCAAUGAACGAUCAAUUGAUAACGGGCCCAGUAAUGUAGGUGGUCGAGGCGCUGCACUUUUCAAAGACUUCCAAACGCUCCGGCGUAUCUGGACACAUCCCAUGGCGUUACGAGUGAAUAGUGAUGAAGUUAAAAAGAAGAAGGAUCGCAAAGCCCUUUUGGAUGAUGAAAACUCUUUGGAUGAUUUCAUCGUGGAUGAUGACGAGACGACUGAGUCUGAAUCGGAAUCGUCAAAUAGUGAUUCGGAUGAAUCUGGAAGCAGUAGUAGGGCGAAAAAAAGUAAGAGCAAAGCAACAAAUUCGACACGUCGCACUAGACAAAAUCCAAAUGCUGCGAACGCUGCCGGAUUAGAACCAGUCGAAGAAGAGGAGGAAGAAGCCUGCGCAUCUAAAUGGUGGAAACCGCUCUGUCCCGAAUCCGAACUUAACAAUAUCCAUCAUUCACCAAAACUCCUGCUUCUCUUUGAAAUUCUGCAAGAAUGUGAAUCAAUUGGCGACAAAGUCUUAUUAUUCUCCCAAUCUCUGCAGUCGCUAGAAGUAAUUGAAUCAUUUUUGGCGUUGAUUGACAGAAAAACGCAGGGCAUUGAAGAAGAAUGCGAUGUGAACGGUUUCAUUGGCUCAUGGAAAUUAGGUUUAGACUAUUUCCGUUUGGAUGGUUCGAAUUCAGUUGAAUCUCGUGAACACAUGUGUAGACGAUUCAAUAAUAAGUCUGAUUACCGAGCACGAUUGUUUUUGAUAUCAACACGUGCGGGAAGUUUAGGAAUCAAUUUAGUGGCGGCAAAUCGUGUGAUCAUUUUUGAUGCCUCGUGGAAUCCUUCACAUGAUACCCAGAGUAUAUUCCGAGUGUAUCGAUUUGGACAAGAGAAGCCAUGUUACAUCUAUAGAUUCAUCGCAAAGGGUACAAUGGAAGAAAAAGUAUACGAACGACAGGUAAUGAAGCAAGCGACGGCAAAACGUGUGAUCGACGAACAUCAGAUUGGACGCCAUUACAAUUCAAACGACCUGAUGGAGUUGUAUCAAUAUGAUCUCAGUGCCCCGGAGGUGCGGGAAGUACCGAUUUUGCCUAAGGACCGUCUAUUUGCCGAUUUGAUCAAAAAACAUGAGAAGACUAUCCUCAAAUACCACGAGCACGAUUCGUUACUAGAAAAUAAGGAAAGUGAGAAUCUAAACGAGGAAGAACGCAAAGCAGCUUGGGCUGAGUACGAAAAUGAAAAGAACCAACCACCAGCGCCUCAGUAUGGUGUCUACAGCCGGCCCAACUACCGAAACGGACCGGUGACAUCGAGCAAAAUUUUCGGAUUCCGCUCCGAUGUGCUGUUGCGUCUUCUGAAUUUGAAAGUGCGCCGUGACCAUCCACAUCUGACCGACAUGGAUGUUGGCCAGCUAGUACCACUCUACUUGCGUCAGUUAUAUGAACAAAUGAAUGAAGGGAAUCCAAUGCUGUUUAACGAACUGAACGAAAUGAAUCGAGCAUUUGAAAUGCCAACCGGUUUUGGUGUGAAUCCAAUGGCUACAAAUUAUAUCAUAAAUCCUUUCUGUCCGCCGCCCUCUACACAAAAUACCGAACCAGCAUAUAUCCAUGAAAUUGAUUGAUUUUUUUAAGGGAUAAUGGAGAACUGUGAUUAUUUUUACUUUCAUCUCAUUGUUUUCACGUUAAAUGUAGAAUGUUUUCAUUUCAAUUGGGACGAACCACUAAAUUAUGAUAACCAAUUGACAGAGAAUCUUGAUUUGAACGGAACAUAAGAACACUAAGAAUGAAAGAAUAUUCACUUUGCAUAAGUUGGAUAAGUUAAAAAGAAAGCGUAGAAGGUAAAUUUAGGAAAAUAGGAACCAUACGGUACACACACGCAUUCAAUUACGCAAGCAUUGAAAUUUUUUUUUGGCCUUGUGCUAUGUACAAAAAUAAACAUGUUGAUAUGUUGCGUACGCGUUGUGUGCAUUUUACUAUAAUAUUAAUUUAUUAAUUAAUUACCAUUGUAUGACUCAGAAAUGUAGUUUUAGUUAUGUAAUGAAUUUCCUCCUUUUUUUGUAAAACAGUAAAUGUAUCCCCGGAAAAUAAACGUAAAAAGUACA